AGACAUUAGUAUUCACUUCAUUUAAUAGCUUUAGGCGUCCUUCUUACAAGUCGAUGGUGGCAGCGUUUAUACCUAGGCAUAAUUACAUCGUAAUAUAUACAUAUUCUUAGAUAUGAAUAGCCUUUGAAUUUUAUGGUAUGUUUUUCUACUACUUUAUUUUGACAAGUGUUCACAAGUAUUUACCUAGUGCAUGUGUUCUCUAAAGCUUCAGCACGGCUUCACACACACAGCAUCGUGGACUUGCAACGUUAUUACCGCAGCAUUGACGUAAAGAACGAACAGAUUCUACCCGAUCCUCGUCAAGUCAGAGUUAAUCACAGUGGACCACUUUCUGGGCGGAUUUUAUAAUCAAGUGCUAGGGAUUAUUUUUACCUAAAGAGAUAAAUGCUCUUAUCCCGCCCAACCAUUGUUGGCGGGAUUCAACAGGACAUUUUCAAGUGGCAGAUCCAUAACUAGAUGACUGAGGUGGACCAGAGAGACAAAUAUGGUUUCUGUGAUCCCAAGAACACCUUGAACGAGUUCCAACACGACCAGCUUCACGUCUGGUGUCCGAUGGGGGCGGUAUUUUCAAUUUUCUCCUUUUACCAAAGGCUACUGCAGUUCGUUCGUCAAACCUGGGCUGGAAACACGCAAAUUCCUGUGGAAGACUUGGAAAUGACUGUAAUACGUUGUAAACCUGACGGGAUCGAUGCAUUAUGUAGGACGACAAAAUUUACGAAGAAAGAACUGAAAUUAAUGUACCAAGGAUUUAAACAGGCUUGUCCAACGGGAAUUGUAAAUGAGAACACCUUUAAAGACAUAUACGCCCAGUUCUUCCCACAUGGAGAGACUGGUCCCUAUGCUCAUUAUGUGUUCAAGGCCUUCGAUCGAGACCGAAAUGGUACAAUCAGCUUCCAGGAUUUUGUUGUAGGACUGUCUGCAUUAACACGAGGCACAACUUUGGAAAAGUUGCAAUGGACGUUUAAUCUUUACGAUAUCAACGGAGAUGGUUGUAUAAGUAGAGAAGAAAUGUGUGAAAUCAUUAUGGCUGUUUAUAGCUUGAUGGGAAAUUUCGCAGAGCCCUCUGUUGACAAGACUUCCGCACGAGAACACUCAGAAAGAGUGUUUCAGCGAUUGGAUAAAAACAAAGACGGUGUGGUGACCUUCGACGAGUUUGUGGACACCUGCAUAAAGGACGAGAAUAUGAUGAAGUCUAUUAACCUGCUGGACACUAUUCUAUGACUGGAAAACGUGAGAGGUCUGAGAGAAAAUUAUAACCCUUCUGGAAAUAAAAACAACAACUGAACCUAUCAGAAUGCAUGGUUAGAUAUGAGAAAAAUGUGCCAAACUGAUAUUACAAAAACCUACUUCCAUUUAUAUUCUUUCUUGCGAUGAAAUCGCAUGAGACUUAACAUUUUCAUUGUUAAUAAUUAUGUGCUGGGAUACAACACUAUCACGUAGCAGUUUGAUGGAAGAAAAUUUCCAAACCAUUUUGCAUUAAGUCUUUAUACAUAUAUAAAUAUAUACUAUACUGGACUGAUAUUUUCUUCACUAAUUUCCUUUUCAAGGCUGGUCGAGUAUUGAUCCGCAUACUGUUGCUUUAACUUACAAGUUUUUCACGUACAGAAGCAAAACUUUUUGGGUGUUGUUUUUGUUUUGAAAAAUUAUUCUAAAAUACCUGUUUACAAACAACCAAUAAUAUGUAUCGCUAAACUUAAAUAAAACU